AAAAGUCAAAUCACAAUUUCUAGAUGGCAAUCAGGGUUGACUCUCCCCCUUCCACGAAAAACCCUAAUUCCCAAUAAACUCAUUUCCAUUUGAUCUCCAUCUUCAAUUAACGAAUCAAAAUCCAGUGCGAUGUCAUCGGAGAUCGAGGUCGUAGAGGAAUCCCGAGAUCUUAACAAUACUGCCGCUGACGGAACACCAAUCGAUGAAGAAAUCCUGCGAGACGAUGUUUACACUGCAGCUGCCUACGGUGAUCUGGAGAAGCUUCAGCGCUUGGUUGAGUCCGACGGUUGCUCUGUCUCUCAACCGGAUAGUUUAGGUUAUUACGCUUUGCAAUGGGCUGCCUUGAAUAAUCGAGCUGCUGCUGCUCAGUACAUCAUUCAGCAUGGUGGAGAUAUAAACGCAACAGAUCUUACUGGGCAAACAGCAUUGCACUGGAGUGCUGUUCGAGGAGCUGUUCAAGUUGCAGAUCUCUUGCUGCAAGAAGGCGCUCACAUUCAUGCUGCUGAUGUCUACGGGUAUCAGACAACACAUGUUGCUGCCCAAUAUGGUCAGACAGCCUUGCUUUAUCACAUCGUAACAAAAUGGAAUGCAGACCCUGAUGUACCCGACAAUGACGGAAGAAGCCCUUUGCAUUGGGCUGCAUAUAAAGGUUUUGCAGACUGCAUACGCCUUCUUCUAUUCUUGGAUGCAUAUAGAGGUCGCCAGGACAAAGAGGGCUGUACGCCUCUGCACUGGGCUGCGAUUAGAGGAAACUUAGAAGCAUGCACCGUACUCGUGCAAGCCGGAAAAAAAGAGGAUUUAAUGGCAACUGAUAACACCGGUCUCACACCGGCACAGCUCGCCUCUGAUAAGAAUCAUCGACAAGUUGCUUUUUUUCUUGGCAAUGCUAGGAGGGUUUUAGAUAAACGCUGGGACGGAAACAGUAUACUGGGGCGGUUUUCAAAACUAGGCCUGGCACCUGCACUUGUGUGUAUAAUAUUUGUGCUACUUAUGACCUAUAUUAAUUCAGUAAUUAUGGCUUCAAAUUUGCCAAAGAUGACAGCCGGCUCUGCGUUGUUUGCGUGGAUUGGUGCAUUAUUGGCAAGCUCGGGAUUGGUACUAUUCUACCGGUGUAGCUGCAAAGAUCCAGGUUAUGUCAAAACCAACAGCCAUGAUUCACAAAAUAUGAAAGAUGAUGAGCCUUUACUGAAGAUUGAGAUAAACGAUCCUGCUUUGCUAGCAGGUAAUUGGUCACAACUUUGUGCAACCUGUAAGAUUGUUCGACCUAUACGCUCAAAGCAUUGUUCCACUUGCGAUCGAUGUGUUGAACAAUUUGACCAUCAUUGCCCAUGGGUGUCUAAUUGUAUCGGCAAGAGGAAUAAAAGAGAUUUCUUGGGCUUCCUUAUUAUUGAAGUAUUUGCCAUGCUGAUAACCGGCAUAGUUGCACUUACAAGAAUAUUGACCGACCCAUCCGCUCCAUCUUCUUUCGGGGCAUGGUUGAACCAUGCGGGUAACCAACACACCGGAGCGUUAUUAUUUUUAAUUUCAGAUGGUUUUCUCUUCACGGGUGUGGCCGCCUUAACUUCUAUGCAGAUUUCUCAGGUUGGUCGUAAUAUAACCACAAACGAAAUGGCAAACGUAUCACGAUAUAGCUAUCUAAGAGGACCAGGAGGUCGGUUUAGAAACCCAUAUGACCAUGGGUGCAAGAAAAACUGUUCAGAUUUGUUUGUAAACGGUUACAAUGAAGACAUAGAGUUGAUUGAAGACGCAGCUCAAUCAAGUGAGAUAGGUAUGAUGCCUAUGAACAGGAAUUUGAACCAGCUUCAAAACGGGCCGAACGGAAACGACACACACGCUAUUGAUGUGAACAAUAAUAAUAUCUCAAAAACACACAACAAUCAUGUUCAUUCUUCGAGUUGUAGCCAUGGCCAUGGGAAUCAAGGCAAGAAUAAAACAGAGUCUGCGCCGUUCGGGUUGGGUCUAGGUUUAGGCCGAAAUUCACGGUCUGUGGCUACUUCAUGAUUUAUAUUGCUCUGAGCUUUAAUAUGCUUUGAAGACAUUAUAUGUUGUAUCAUUUUUUUAAUGUUUAUAAAAUACAAUCCAGGUUUUGUAGCUUGAACUAAUCAUAUUGAUUGUUGGCUCCUAUUUUCAUGAACUUUUUUUAGCUAUCUGUAAUUUGUACAGACAAGAAUGCCAUUUCUUUUUUGUUAA